CGGGGCGGGGGCCGCCGGGCGGGGGAAUAUACAAAGUGAAGCCACAUUGCCAAACUUGCAGCAGCGAUUGCAGCAGUUGCUGCCGCUGCGCCGCUCCUGAAGCCGCGCCGCGCGGGCCAAGGGCUCCUGCAGCUGCUCGCGCGGAGCCCGGAGGCGGAGGAGAACGACGAGGACCGAGACUGACACUUCUGCUCCCCGCCGCCUGCCACUUACGCGGGGCCCCCCAACCCAGCCUCAGAGCAGCGCGUUUAAAAAAAAGAAAAAAAAAAGAAAGAAAAAAAAAAGCAGCCCUUAGCCCCCUCCUCCCCUUUCCUGCUUCUGCGAGAACAUCCCCCCCUCCCUCCAGCUCCGCCAGCCAAGGCGCCCCUUCCUUGGAAGCCGAGCGGCUUCGCUCGCAUUUCGCCGCCGCCGCCUCUCGCAAUAUUGCAAUAUAGGGGAAAAGCAGAGAAAACACUCAUUGAUCUUCAAAACGAAAUGAGAUUUGGAACAAUAAUGGGAGAUGGCGGUCACCACAAUGGCAUGUGAAAGACCAUGGUGAAUCCGGGCAGCAGCUCACAGCCGCCCCCGGUGACGGCCGGCUCCCUCUCCUGGAAGCGGUGCGCAGGCUGCGGGGGCAAGAUUGCGGACCGCUUUCUGCUCUAUGCCAUGGACAGCUACUGGCACAGCCGGUGCCUCAAGUGCUCCUGCUGCCAGGCACAGCUGGGCGACAUCGGCACGUCCUGUUACACCAAGAGCGGCAUGAUCCUUUGCAGAAACGACUACAUUAGGUUAUUUGGGAAUAGCGGUGCUUGCAGCGCUUGUGGACAGUCUAUUCCUGCGAGUGAACUCGUCAUGAGGGCCCAAGGCAAUGUGUAUCAUCUGAAGUGUUUCACAUGCUCUACCUGCCGGAAUCGCCUGGUCCCGGGAGAUCGGUUUCACUACAUCAACGGCAGUUUAUUUUGUGAACAUGAUAGACCUACAGCUCUCAUCAAUGGCCAUUUGAAUUCACUUCAGAGCAAUCCACUACUGCCAGACCAGAAGGUCUGCUAAAAGGUCAGAGUAAUGCAGAAUGCGUGCCUUCAUCUCGGAUCUUGUUCAUCACAGGUGGAUCCCAUGUGUCUUCAGUAGACAAGUCACCUUUGUAGCUAGCACCAGUGCCAGCUCCAUGCCAUUGCACCUUCUUUAGUCUUGAUUGCCCUUCCCGCAUUUAUUGGUGUAUUAAAAUGACUGAAUAUGAACAUUAAGGACUCCAUGAACCUGGGCUAAUGGGAGACUGUAGAGAAAAUGAAAAAAGAUCCACCGGAGGACAUCUUUUGGGGGGGAGGGAGCUUGGGAGGAGGGAAAUGACUAAUGAAGCUAAUUAAAAGAAGCAUUCAAAUCUGCUUUCUACCCUCAUUAACAAUUAGCAGGGCACUGGCCAGAGUUUGUACCCUGUGUUUUACCUUAACAACAUUCUAUUUGCUCUUUGUAUAUUUAAGUGUUGUAAGGAAGUGUGUUUCAAUCAAAACUGAACAUGAGAUAAAGGAAAGAGAUGUGGCUUUUGUGAUAUUCUAUCACAAACACUUUUAUUGUAUCUCUGUAAAAUACAAUGUAUGUAUGCAUGUAAGUGUUUUCGUCCUAAUAUUGCUACUCCCAUGGCAAAGAAAAAAAAAAAGAAUGAAAAAAAAGAGAAAAAAAUUGGAAAAAAAAAAUCCAGGCUCAUAGCAGCUGCUGUGUAGAAAUCCCCCCCCCACCCACUUCUAAUUUGCUGAAUGAAGAAAAGAAUCUUUUAUUUGUGAUAUUUUCAGAGACAUUUGCUCUAGUAUGGUGUAUUUAAAUAAUAAAAACUUAAAAGAAAAAAUA